UUCAGUCACGUGAGAACAGCCAUUGUUGAUCAUUAAUGUCGUGUGGUGUUUUUAUCCUGGUGUAGUUCUAAUUUAAAAAUUUAAGAUGGGUUGUGAUGGAGGUACCAUACCGAAAAGAAACGAACUUGUCGCUGUAAAAAAGAAGCCAGUGCAAGAGAAAGACGAGAAAAACGCUUGGUUCUGGAGUACCUGCAGCCUCACACAACUUCCAUUUGAACCACCAGUAGCAUCGUGCUUCUUGGGCAAAUUUUAUAACAAAUGUGCUGUGAUUGAUGCCCUGUUGAACAAGAGUCCUGUGCUCCCACAGCACAUCAAAAGGUUGAAGGAUAUUAAAGAUCUGCAGCUUACACCAAAUCCAGCAUUUAAGCCAUCAGCGGAGAAGGGUGAUGUGUAUGCUGAUUGCCAUUUAGCACCAUACAUCUGCCCAGUGGUUGGAAUUGAGAUGAAUGGGAAGUUUCGAUUUGUGUUCCUCUGGGGAUGUGGUUGUGUCAUGUCAGAAAGAGCUCUCAAAGAAGUGAAGAGUAAGCUGUGCCUCAAGUGCCAGCAACCUUUCUCAGAGGAAGAUAUAGUGAUUCUUAACCCAACACCUGAAGAUUUGGAUCUGAUGAGGACAAGGCUGGAGACUCGCCAGGCUCGCGUUAAAGCUGGAAAGAAAGCUCAUAAUCAUGCAGAAUACAAAGGACAUGCUAAUGCAACAGUUACAUCAACAGAAACAUCAAGUAAUAGGCAGGACAUUACAAAGAAGUUAUCAGAUCAGUCAACCAGAGUCCAUGAUGGUAAAGAAGAAACCAGUUCAUUUGUUAGUGGAGAGGAAGAAAGACAGAAAUCAAAAUUACAAAAUGGGAAAUCACGUCCAAAGUUGUUGCUGAAACAUGACGAUAAGCUGAAUGGUAUCAAAAAUGCUUUACCGACUAAGAGACAGAUGGGGCAUGACAUUGAAGAUCCAUUAUUCAAGAAGACACGAAGGUCAUAUAGUGUGGCCAGUGAUCCAAAAGCCACUGAUGUUUUUAAAUCCUUGUUCACAUCCCAUCAGAAAGCCCAGCAACAGACCAAAGCACAUUGGAUUACUUACAAUCCCUUUUAUAACUGAUAUUGUUGUGUUUAUGAUUAUGAAUUUCUGUUUUAUGAAGCAAGAAAGCUUAUUAUUAUUCAGUUGUGAGAAAUGUGAGAUUUGCAGAACUGACAGGUUCAGAGUUCAUAGUGUGUAGUAACAUAUGGAAAAUAGUCAAUCAGUUACUCAGUUACUGUUUGUAUUCAUAAUAAUUAUUGUGCUUUAUAAAGCUUGUUGAAUUUGAAUUAUUAACCAUAAAUAUGAGAAGUGCACUUUUACUUAUUUCUCUUUUCUAUUACUAACUCCUGACUUUGGGAGCAGUCUUCCUUAUACAGUCAUUGACCUCAUGUAACACAAGAGAGGUUAUAAAUGAUGUGUAGUGUCUGAAUUUUUCUGCUGUACAUAUAAAGACCAUUGACAUAGCAGUAAAUGUUAUGACAGUUCCCACCGCUUACAUCAGUGGUUUCAAAGAGACGUGUAUCACCUUCAGUGUGACUUCGUACUCCUCUUUGCAGAUUGUCUUCUGAAUUGGACUCUAUUAUUUGAUCAUCGACAUACAGUAGUGUUUUAACUUUGUGUUAUUUUUAAUUCUGAUUCUUUCCUUGUAUAUUUUAUUCCAGUGAAUAAUUAUUUCAUUCAGAUAAAGAUUAAAUAGCAUAAGGGACAGAGACCAUCCCUGUCUGACUCCGCUAUUUAUUUGUUCCAUGUCUGUGAUUUUAGUAUUUAGGUUUACCUUUAUUUCAAUGUUUUUGUAGAUUUCAAUUAUGUUUUUUAGUAAUAGAUUUCGGAUGUUUUUCUCUUGAAGUAUUUUGAACAAUGAGGUUCUGUUUACGAUAUCAGAGGUUUAUUUCGACAUCUAAAAAGGCCAUACAUGUUUCUAAAUUACUUUCCUAUGUGUAUUCUAUUAGCAGUUCCAAAGUAAAUGUACCAUUAAUACAUGUGCUACCUCUCCUAAAACAAUUCUGAUAUUCAAGAGAUUGCAAAAAUUUCCAACUUGUUAGUUAUUUUGCAGCAGAUAUUUAAAAGACUCUGUUGUUCCAGCAGGUAUUUAAAAGACUCUGUGGUUCUGUGGAUUUGUUUUGUCACCCUUUUCAUAGAUUGGAAUCAAAAUACUUCUUCUCCAUUCUGUCAGGAUUUAUUUUGAUAUAUGUAUAUUGUUGAAGAAAUUCAGAAGUCGGUUGUGAAAUUUAUUUCCAGCAUAUUUGUAGAGCUCAGAGUUUAUUCCAUCUUCCCCUGGGGAUUUACCAUUUUUAUUUUCUCCAUUAAAGUUUCUAAUUUUGCUUGUGUAAAAUUAUUUUCUGAAGUCGGUAUUGUUUCAUCAUAAGUCCUAUGAUGCCAUAGUUCCCUGUAGUAAUUUAAGAAUCAUUCUUUAGAGCAGCAUGUUAUAUUAACAGAUUCUUUUAUGUCUUUUUUCAUGUAAUUCAGAAUUUUGAAAGCACAUGUUCUUACUCUAUUAAAUCUGUUUCAAGGUAUGAAAUAAAUGUAUCGCAAUGCUA